AUGCACAAGACGGAUGAUACACGCCCUGUCCUCAUCGUCGGUGCGGGUCUGUCUGGCCUUGCCAUUGGGCGACUAUUGACAAAUAAUGGUAUUGCAAACAUUGUAUUCGAGGCCUCUCCGCCGGAACGCAGCCAGGGGUUUGCCAUUUCCGUGCACGACUGGGGCUAUUCUCCGUUGCUCGAGGCCCUCGGUGGGUUGUCCCUGCAAAGUAUGACCAAGGCUGUCGCGCCGGACCGCUUCAUCGGUGGCAGUGGAUGGGUAGAUCUUGCAAUGCGCGAUAACACGACGGGCCAGGUACUCGUCGAACCGGACGCGGAUGCCCGGCCAGCGGUUGUGCGAGCGAAUCGCAAUGCAUUGAGAGCCUGGAUUGCCGACUGCGGGGAUGACGAGCUGGAUGUGCGUUACGGACAUCGACUCAAGAGUAUCUCGGGCUCGAUGGGCAACGUGCGGGCAGUCUUCGAGAAUGGAGCUGCAUAUGAAGGUUCGGUAGUGGUUGCUGCUGAUGGUGUGCAUUCGACGGUGCGUUCGCAAGUUCUGCCACAUAUUGUCCCGGAAGUGGUGCCCGUGGUUGUCUACCAUGGCGAGUUCGAGGUGUCGCGCGACGAGUAUGACCGCUACAUGCGUCCUGUCAUCGGCAAUGCUAAUAUUCUUGCUGGCGUGGGUGACGGGUUCAAUACGCCGAUUACGGUCUGCAAUAUAACAAAAACGCGGGUGCACCUUGACUGGUCGUAUUCUCGACCAGUGCGCGGCGAAAAUGACCGACUGUUCAAUGCUAAACAGCCGGAAGACCAGACCCGAGGGCCACCCCAGGCGCUCUUGGACGAGUUGUCGUCGCGGCAGCUCGCGGAGCCAUGGGCACGAUACAUCAACCCGGAGACCAUCCGACAGCACUCAGUAUUUCACUGGAUCAGUCGAUGCGUGUACAUGCCGACGGAGGAUGCAUUGCAAGCUGCGCAGGCAGGCGUAGUGUUCGUCGGGGACUCGUGGCAUGCAAUGCCGAUCUUCGGUGGCGAGGGCGGUAACCAUGCACUGGUGGACAGCACCGAGCUGGCGGCAGCACUAGUCAAAGAGGGUUCCGUGGGUCGCGCAGUGGCCGUGUACUACGAAGGAACUGCGCGGCGGUGUCAGGAAGCCGUACGCCGAUCAAGAUCGCGAUUUUACGUGCUGCACCGACCUAUGGCAGAGUGGCGGGAGAUUGCAGAGAAGCGGCGGGCCAAGGCAGCGCUCAAGGAGCAGAUAGAAUGA